GUAGCAGAGUGGAAGCGAAACAGUCGAACAAGCGUCUUAAUAUAUAUUUGUGUAUAGUUUCAUAUACGACAAUAUUUGUGGAGUUUAUUCUGAUAUCCGCCCCCAGAAAGGACAUUGAAAGUUAAAAGUUAGCGUUGGCAACGAUGAGCUGCCCUGCUGACAGCGUGAAGGAAGAAAGUCGGAGUCGGUCCCCUCACUGCCCCAAACCCGACGAGUCCGAGGAGCCGCUGGGCACCGCCAUGGAGACCGGAGCAGCCAAUGACAUCAGUGUGAAAUGUGAGAACGAGACAGCCAAGCCGAUCAUCACCAAGGAGAUGGAGGAUGAAGAGAAGAAGCUGAUGGAGGAAGGGGAGAGGAAAGAGAAAGAGAUGAUAGAAAAGGCUCGGCAAACACAGGAGAGGGAUUCUCACGACAUGCGGUUCAAGAGGCUGCAGCACUUGCUCCAGAAGAGCAACAUCUACUCCAAAUUCUUGCUGACUAAGAUGGAGCAGCAGCAGAGUGAGGAGAAUGUCAAGAAGGAGAGAGUUGAAAAGAAGGCCAAGAAGACCUUUAUGUCUUUUUUUAAAAUGCAGAACACAAAAGGUGCAGAGCCUGAGAAAGAUACAAAAAAGAGGAAGAGGGAUGACGACUACAAAAUAGUAGACGUCAUGUCAAAAGAGGACAUCUUGUCGCAAGCCAAGAAAGCAAAAAAGGAGCAAGUGGACAAGGCGCCGGUCCAGAGGAAACUAGAAGCCGAGGACAUCGAGAAGAUGUGCGAUUCCAAUGAGGACAUCAAGAACCGCCUGUCGGAGGCGAUGCGAGACAACGCCAAUCACUUCCUGCACCCCCACAGGAAGGUGAAUGGCCAGCCGGUCCCCGCCCAGCAGCCGGAGCUCUUCUCCGGAGGGGUCAUGAGGUCGUACCAGAUUGAGGGCACCGAGUGGCUGAGGAUGCUGUGGGAGAACGGCAUCAACGGCAUCCUGGCCGACGAGAUGGGACUGGGGAAGACCAUCCAGUGCAUCGCUCACAUCGCCAUGAUGAUAGAGAAGAAAGUGUUGGGCCCCUUCCUGGUGGUGGCCCCACUCUCCACUCUGCCCAACUGGAUGAGAGAAUUCAAGCGCUUCACACCAGAGGUGUCGGUGCUGCUCUACCACGGCCCGCAGAGGGCCAAGACGCUGAAGCAGAUCCGCAGACCUCAGGGGACCCUCAGCAUGUGCCCUGUGGUGCUCACCUCUUUCGAGAUUGCCAUGAGAGACAGAAAAUGUCUACAGCGCUUCCAGUGGAAGUACCUGAUAGUGGACGAGGGCCACAGGAUCAAAAACCUCAACUGCCGGCUGGUGCGGGAGCUGAAGUUGCUGCCGACCGACAACAAGCUGCUGCUGACCGGCACACCGCUGCAGAACAACCUGGCCGAGCUCUGGUCCCUCCUCAACUUCCUUCUGCCAGAAGUCUUUGACGACCUCAAGAGCUUCGAGUCGUGGUUCGACAUCAGCACCAUUGGUGAAGCGGAGACCGUGGUGGCUACUGAGCGUGAGCAGAACAUCCUGAGCAUGCUGCACCAGAUCCUGACUCCGUUCCUGUUGAGGAGGCUGAAGUCCGACGUUACGCUGGAGAUUCCUCCGAAGAAGGAGAUCAUUGUGUACGCUCCUCUGACGGCCAAACAGGAGGCCUUUUACACCGCCACGGUCAACAAAACCAUCGCCAAGAUGCUGGGCCAGGAAAAGACGGAGGCUCCCGUGGUGUUGACGCCAAGUGGGCGGCCGAAGCGCGGCAGCAGAAAGCUGGUGGACUACAAAGAGCGAGACGGGGACACGCCGUACGACCUGGAGAAAUAUCUGGAGAAGGUUCGCAAGGAGCACGAGCAGAGCUCGUCUCCAGUGCCGGAUGUCCAGAGUCCGCUGAACGCCCAUAUAAACCUGAAGCUGCGGAACAUUCUCAUGCUGCUGAGGAAAACGUGUAACCACCCCUACCUGGUGGAGUACCCCCUCGACCCCGCCACACAGGAGUUCAAGAUUGACGAAGAGCUGGUGCAGACCUCUGGCAAGUUUCUCAUACUGGACAGACUGCUGCCUGCACUGAAGGAUCGGGGACACAAGGUUCUGAUCUUCAGUCAGAUGACGUCCAUCCUUGACAUCCUGGUGGAUUACUGCUAUCUGCGGGGCUUCCAGUACAGCCGACUAGACGGCAGCAUGUCCUUCUCCGAUCGAGAGGAGAACAUGACCAAGUUCUCUGAAGAUCCUGAGGUGUUCCUCUUCCUGUUGAGCACCAGAGCCGGAGGACUCGGGAUCAACCUGACGGCCGCUGACACCGUUAUCAUCUUCGACAGCGACUGGAACCCCCAGGCAGACCUGCAGGCUCAGGACCGCUGCCACCGAAUCGGGCAGACCAAACCGGUGGUCGUGUACCGGCUGGUCACGGCCAACACAAUCGACCAGAAGAUCCUGGAGAGGGCCUCUGCCAAGAGGAAGCUGGAGCAGAUGGUCAUCCACAAGAAUAAGUUCAAAGGCGGGAAGGCCGACCUCAGCCUCAGCAAGAGCUGCAUCGAUCUGGAUGAGCUGAUGUUGCUGCUCAAAGCCAGAGGCACGGAGAAGGAGGUGACAGCGUCGAGGGGGAAGGUGAUCAGCGACAAGGACCUGGAGCUUCUGCUGGAUCGCAGCGACUUGUUGGACAAAGCAAAGGAGAACACGAAGAAAGAGAAGGUGGGCGUCUUCAGAGUGAUCGAUGCCAAAGAUUCGUCGGAGAUCACGAUGACCUGAGACCACUGUCGGCGUGCAGAUAUAAACUCGUGACCGCAGUUCCCUUCUGACGAAAAGAAAAACAAACCUCAAGGUGCACCCGGAUGGCUCGCAACUGUAGAAGAGAAAAUAUCCCGAAAACUGCUGUUUGUAGACUUCUUCCUGUCUUUUAUUUUAACUGUCUCGAUAGUAAGAAUGUCUUUUUGUUGUUUAACCACUGUACCCUCUACUGUAUUAAGUUGUGACUAUCUGUUAGGUUCUUGAUGGCCACCGCUGAUGUUUCAAUAAUUUUCAUGCUAAAAGUUGUCGAAAGAGAGAUUCUGUUUGCUGCGAUCCAAAUGUGUUGAGAUGACUGGCUGGAUGCUUUCUUCACUUUCAGGUAGUUCACUUAGAGCGUGAUUCUUUUUGUUGAGACUUCUCCGGCGGUUCUCUCAACGUGUUCCACACACCUGUUGUCACUAGUUGUGACACGUUCUAGUCGGGUUAGUCGACCAUUUCAAAGCACUUUCCUGCAGGUUAAGCAUACAUGUCUUUUUUAUAUAUAAAUAAACUAUGAUGUCAGAACUUA